CAAUGUGUACUUAUAACAUUAUCAGAAAUAGGACGUUUUAACUGUUGUUUGUGAGGAAGUAAUUUUUAGUGAUUGGAUUUAAAAAUUCAUCACUGAGGGAUCAAUAAUUAUAUAUGGCAUAAUGGCUAUUAAUAAUGACACAGUUAACUUUUGCGAUGAGAAUAAAAACCUAGAUGUAAGUGUUGUGGGAGAGAUUAAUGGCCUGGAGAUAGUCGAAGAUAUUUCUGACAGUGAAGAUGGGCCAAAACAGACGGCGUCGAAUGCGGUCGCUGCCAUCGCUAGGCCUAACGUGCCGCCUGUGUUCAGCUCUGUUACCGUAAGCAACUCAGAGAACGUCCAGUUUGGAAACAAUACGUAUUUCCAAGGUCCCGUUGUCAUAAAGCAAAUUAUUCACAAUAAAUCUGGCAUUGAAAAUGCAUCGUACGAUAAAACCAGUGAUGAGAAUGUUUCACCGCCACAUAAAAACAGGAAAGAUCCUGAUAUUGACAAUGAUUCUGAUAAAUUUGUUCUCAAGACAUGGCACAAACUUACGAUAGCUGUAACUGCCUUAGUGGUACUAAUCAGUUGUGCCAUAGUGUUUGGCAUACCUAAAGGGUCAGAUGGACCCUUUGAUGAGCACUCAAGCAGACUGGUGUCGGGCUCAUGUCAUGAAUACUCAUCAGAACUUAGACUGGUCGCGAUUGUUGUGGCACCACUCAUUUCGGCGUGGCUAUCGUACUGUCUACUAACCAUGAACUUGCGGUUUUCGUUUAGCUUCCUAAAGUGGCAUGCAGUGAAUAGGACUGAUAAAAAGAAACCAAAAGAUAUAGCAGGCGCGCCAGGAGAUCUGCUGAUAGCUCCUAAUCAUUUGAGGAUCGUGUCGCGGAUGGAGUGGUUGGCGCAGCCGGAAACAGGGCCUCUGGAUAAACUGCGGCUGCCAGCUCCGUGGGUCAUUAUUAGUCACACGGCUACCAACUUUUGUUACAACCAGAGCAGCUGUGUGUACAACGUGCGGCUGGUGCAGGAGUACCACAUCGGGUCGCGCGGGUGGUACGACAUCGGGUACAACUUCCUCGUCGGCGGCGACGGGUCUGCCUACUACGGCCGCGGCUGGGACUUCCAGGGCGCCCACACGCUCGGCUACAACAAGUACAGUAUCGGCAUCGCCUUCAUAGGCACCUUCUCCCAGGAGGCCCCGCCGCAGAAACAGCUCGAUGCCUGCAAGAAACUCAUCGACCUCGGCGUCGCUUCUGGUAAAAUCGCCAAAGACUACAAGCUGUUCGCCCAUAGUCAACUGACGGCGUGGGAGAGCCCAGGAAAGAAGCUCGUCGAAAUACUGCACGAGUGGCCACAUUUUGUUAAAGACACGAGCCAAUUGGAGACUCUCUUGCCAAAAUAUUGAAUAGGAUGUGAUUCUUUGUCUGUGCCAGUGUAAGUUUAACUGAUUUGUAAAAGUCCUGACCUGAGUGCGGGCCACGCACUGUUUAAGUGAUAAUGAUAAGGGAAAUCUCCGAAGACAAGAGUGUUUGUUACCUAGUCAUAUUACUAGUAAAUAAUGAACUUUAGAAUUUGAAUUCCGUUUAAGACAUGUAUCGUCAUCUUCAUCAAGUUAUAUAUCUCCUAUUAGGUACCUAUUAGUAUACUCGCAUGAACAGACUAUUACCUCGUCUCAAAACAUGUAACUGUGAUGAAUUUGGUACGAUGUACCGAAAUAAAGAGUAACCAAAUGAAAUUAAUUUAGUUACAGACCUUCGACUGUAUUAUAUUGUAUAAUGAGUAAGAUUGUUCAAUUCGUGCUGAAACAAUACUUGUACAGUUAUAUCAUUAUCGUUACUCAAGACUUAUCUAACUGCUUAUUCCAUUAUAUUCACAUCCGUCGCGGACACAGCCAUAAAACUGUUUAUUUAUGCUUGAGAAGGAAAAUAUAUGUAAGUCGGAUUUUGAGCAAUAUAGUUCGUGCAUCAUAAUACAGGUUGUCCCAUAAAUGACACGUCACAGUGACACUGGUGGUAGACCAGGCCAAGAGGACUCAAACCAACUUAACAUGACCCCAGUAAAAGUGGCACGGUUUUCGAGUUAUUGCCAAAUUAAGGUUUUUCAUGAAUUUUGACUGUUUUUAACAUUGUUAGUGCCAGUGUGCACUCGGAAAGGUCUCAAAGUUAGUUUUUUUAUGUGUACGGCAUCAUGAAUAGUUAAUUAAGAUAACAGAAUAGGUAUUUUAUCGAUAAACAAUGUAAAAUGCAAAAAAGUACUGGUUUAAUCUUGAAUUAAAUUCACAGCGAAACAUUAAUUUCGACUUUGACCACCUGUCGUGACAAAAAUUUACUAGUAAAGUAAUGAGCAAAUAACGUCAAGCUAUUGAGCAUGUUAUGCAGAUUCAAAAAUGGUAUGACACAUGUACCUUCCUGCAAUAAAAUAGGAAUUAUUAUCAUCUUUCGAAAGCCUCAUAAAAAAUAAGUUAAAACUAGGAAAUCUGCAAUCCGUUGCUACUUUUAGUAAAAAUAACGAUUUAUGUUAAGAUUUAUGUAACUCUGGAUACAGAAAUAAAAAAAACGCCUAUUCAGUAUUUGCCGAAUGCCUAAAAGAAAGAGAUGGAAAAUGGUCAUGGAAAUGUUUCGCUGUGAAUUUAAUUCAAGAUUAAACCAGUACUUUUUUUGCAUUUUACAUUGUUUAUCGAUAAAAUACCUAUUCUGUUAUCUUAAUUAACUAUUCAUGAUGCCGUACACAUAAAAAAACUAACUUCGAGACCUUUCCGAGUGCACACUGGCACUAACAAUGUUAAAAGCGGUCAAAAUUCAUGACAAACCUUAAUUUGGCAAUAACUUGAAUACCGUGCCACUUUUACUGGGGUCAUGUUAAGUUGGUUUGAGUCUUCUUGGCCUGGUCUACCUCCAGUGUCACUGUGUCGUGUCACUUAUGGGACACCCUGUAUAGUAAGGUAUAACAUACGUAAAAAGUAUUGUAAUGUACAUGAAAUUUAAUAUAUGGACCUACUGUAUUACUAUGAUGGACAGAAAUUACACAUACCAACUUAUACAGAUGUAGGUAGUGCAUAUGCAUAAAUAUUUUCUAUCGUAUUUUCACGGAAACCUCCGAAUGUGUCUUGCUAUUUCAGAUAGCCUCGGUACAAAAAUUACUGAGGUUGACUGAAGUAAGCAACGAACGUUUCCGAGAACAUACGAUGGAAAAGAAUUAUGCACUACUUCUGUACCUAUAAGUAAAAUGUAGGAAGAUAGGAAUUCUAAAUUUAAAUAAGCGCUAAUAAUUUUAUAUCAACUUGACGUUGUUUUCCUAGAUUGGCGAGCUCUCCUGCAAUUUCGAUGCUGUAUAACGUACGUCGUUUCUCAGAAUUGUAGUUUUAAGCUAUCGUGAUUUUUUCUCUCUAACAUGACACGAUAGAUGAUAAAAGCGCAUCCAUCAGAAAUGUAUGACUCUUUGAGACAACUCGCAUAUAAAAGUUAACAGCAUUGAGUUUAUGAUUCGUAACUCUAAUCUCGUAUUUGAUUUUAUAAGAAUAGUUUAGUUGCAUUUUUAUUCACAUGACCCGUAAAUAAUAUAUGUUAGUCUUUAAGAAAAAAAACUUAAUGGAGUUUAUUAUUCAUAUAUGUACGUGAUACAAGACACAAUGGGUUGGCAACUGUCAAAGGAUUUGGCUUAAAGAGCUGGCAUCCAGGGCAUAAAAUUACAUAAUAAAAACAAAAAUUUGACAUCUAUGGAUUGACAGGGCAAGCUAUGCUGGCGCCAUCUGCUAAAUACUUCGACCGGCCAACCCCAUUAGCUAUUAAUCGUUUGUCUUAAUCUGUCAUUUUGAUUUAUGUAUUUGUAAAAAGGGGAUAAAACACAAAUAACCUGAUGGAGAUUUGCAAAUUUUUAUGAAUGGGUUAGGUAUUAUAUUAAAUAAUUUAGUAAAUUGUAAAAUUACGAUACUACGACAAAUAUUUUUAGUUACUACUUAUAUUACUUAUGUAAAUAUUAGAUAUAUAUAUUACGAGUAUAUGCAAUUGAUAUUCUAUAAUUUGUAUUAAAUAUACGGGCUAUUAAAUAAACGCCUUACGUGAUAAGAUUAUUAGGCGUGGUAUAUUUGCAGAAUGUCCAAAUUAUUAAUUUUAUUUCUGUGUUAGAUUUUAACAUUUUUACAACAUCUAUUCUUAAAUUAUAUGUAAAAAUUAUGAUUGUAGGAAAGCUAGCAGUAUAUAUUACGUUUAAAUUUUUAAGAUCUGUCGGUAUGGCGUUUCCACCUGGGGUUAUCCACCUAGGUCCACUCAUCCACUAGCAACAGUGUAGUGUAGUGCAUGAAAUGAAAUCCGAAUUUUUUUAAUGGCAAUCAAAUUGUUGCUGGAUUGUUAAACCCGUGAACAUUUAAGACUGUGAUGGUGUGAAUGUCAAUUGAGUGUAAUGGAACCGAAAUCAUAAUCAGUUUAUGGUUCCAGUUUUAUUAGAUAUUUGUAUGCAGGUUUCCUCUGCAGCUGAUUGUACCUAUCUAUAAAGGUAUUUUAUAAGUUUACUCUUAUUACGACGUUGUUGUUAUAAAUUUAUAAUUAUCUCGCAUUUAUACUUAUCAAAAUAUGAUACGAGCUUAUUCCAAUGUAAUUACUUACUGUGUUAUUUUUGGCUUAUUAUUAACCGGGCAACUAAAAUAUUAAACAGGAACUUUCAUUGGGCAUAUACAUAAUAAUAUAAUUUGGCUGUGCAUUAAUAUUUUAGCGCUAAAAAAAAUAUUUUAGCCUCAAAUAUAAGCAUCAUAUUAUUAAAAAAACUGGCAGCAAAAUCAAGCCACCUAAAAAAAUUAUAGGGAACUUAAAGUGAUAAUUUUUUUAGCUACCUAUACCUAUACCUUUUUGUCCAACUUAUCAGUUGGCGUCUAAAAUAAUAAAUUGGCAACUAAUAUUGUAAAGCGAUCAUACAAUUUAGUUGUCAUCUAGUUGUUCACACCUAAGUAAUCAACUAAUCAUAACUGAGCAUAUCGUUUCAGCUAGGUAGUAUUUUAACACGAAAGCAGUUAAAUAUAAUGAAUAUUGGUCACUUUUUACACAAAACACCUCAAAUUAAUUUACCAAUAUGCAAUGGUCAGUAUACUUAUAGUCGAAAUUUCUAAUCAUGAAACGCCUAAUGGCCAUUAUACCAUUAGAUCUUUAAAUUUUUAAUUACUAAUUUCAAUAGUUACCACCGUGUUCUGCUAGAGUCAACAGAUAGGUGCGACGACGAGCGAAGCGAGGAGGAGCGUGUUAGGUUGACCGUGUAAUGACCAAACAAAAUAUUUUAAAAGAACUUCAUUUUUUAAUUAAUAGAUAGCCGUUUUCUUUUUAAAAUAUGCUUCAUAAAUGGUCUCCAAUAUAUUAAUUCAGUUGCCAAAUAAAUACUUGGUACCUGCCUAAAAAUAAUCAAAAGCUGUAACGGCAUUAAAAUACAACUCAUAUUGAUAUAUUUUAAGCCUCCGUUUUAGUUGCCAAACUAUUAAUUUUAGUAGCCAUUUCAAUUUUUUUAAACUACCCCGAUUCGAUUAAUUAGUUGACCGGUUAAAUACGUGCCGUUAUUUUUCUUACUUUUUAUCUUCUAACUUGUAAUUCAUUGUAAUGUGAAAUGUUUUUUUUAAAUAAUAGUAGAUAUAGGCCGCCUUAAGUGAUCGGUGAGACGCCCGUUAGUAUAAGAGCGAGCUGCAAAAUUCCAUGGACACAUGCAAAGCUCAUUCGCAAAGUGGCCAUGCACUUUUUUAGUUGUGUACACCUAUUUCUAUUUGUUGUUUACUACCUUUUCAUGAAAACCCUGUUGUUGUGUUAUGCAUUUUUAACUUAGCUUUUUGACUUUUUAUAUAUACGUAACGUAACCAUUCUUAUGAACUAGAAUAAUUUCCCUAAAGCGACAAUUAGCGAUGUUGGUGUCUGUGGGCCCUAGUGAAAAAGGGUACAAGUCUUGCGCAGCUUAGGUGUAAAAGUGCAGAAGUGUUAUGUGGAACUUACACCCUUUUACACCUGCGCUGCCUGAGACUUGUAUCCUUCUUCACUAGGGCCACAGGUGUAUUUUCUAAAUUCUACAUCGGCUAUGAAGCGCUGUAUUGUUCUACUUGUACUGCUUAAUAAGUUCGACUUUUUAUCUAUGGCGACAAACUAGACCAUAAUUGAUAUGCCGCGACUAGGGGUCACAAAACCGUGCAUAUUUUAGAAAACCGGUUUUUCGGUUUUUGUGAAACAGCAAAACCGGGUUUCCGGUUUUUUCGGUGAUUUCGAGUUUACGUAUUAAUUUGUAAUAUAAGCAAGUAUUUUUAAGAUCAAUUCUUUAAUAUUACCUUUAUCUAUACAUCAAUAAAGUUUUAAGCAAUUCUAAAACGGAAUGCCUAAGCAAAAUAUUACAUGACAAUGGUGUUGACACAGUCCUCCUUCUGGAAACACUCACCGCCGAUGAUGCCCAACUCGCUAAACGAGGUAAAAUACCGGGAUUUGAUAGCGGCAUUAAUCAUUACACCAUUAACAAUAUAGAACUACAACAUACGCCCAGUCUUCUCUUACUGCCCUGGUCAACGUGAUUUCAAAUAACAUCGAUGGCAACAACAUCGCCACCACGAUUAUUCAAAUCGGCGAAACGAGGAUAUGCAACAUAUAAGCCUCCACGUAGCUGCUGCCCUACUCUACGCCUUCCUUACUUGGAACAUCCAUCCCUUUACAUUUGAGACUUGAAUAGCUACCAUACCAGCUGGGGAUAUAAGAAAUCUGAUGCCAGCGGGGAGGCGAUCAUGGACUAAGCAGAUAGGAACAACACUUUUUUAAAUAGCCGUUUCUAACAAACGCAAAAGAACGUUCAAAUGAGCUCGAUGGAGAAGUGACCACAACCUGGACCUAGUCUUCACAACAAAAGCAAUAGACGGUACCCCAGGGGCCGCCGAGCGGUAACAGCGGAUAUAGCACCUCGCGGAUGUUUGCUUAUGGUGAUGACCUGACCCUUGUGACACAAGAAGACAGCUUGAAAAUGGGACAAAAUACCCUGGAAAAGGACCCAGGUCCUAAUAUCUUAAUAGAUAUUAUCAUCUAAUGAUCUAAUGAUGAUUAUUUCUCUCGGUGGCGUUUGGGCCCCAGAACUUCCAAGACCGAGGUGUCCUGCUUUCACCUGUGCAACAAACUGGCCAACAAGGAGCUGAGACUUAUAUCGACCGGGAUAUGGACCGUGAUUACCUUUUGCAUUGUUUUCGAGCUCCCGAUAUUUCGACGCAGUUACAUGCAUCUUGUUCACGGGUAACCUGGGGGUCACUGUCGAUAUAAGUCUAGUGAAAAUAACCGUGAAUUAUUCAAAACAGUUAAGGAGCUGAGAGUAAAAUUCAGGGGCAUCUUCUCCACCACAAUUUCCUUCCUAAAUAUCUCCGAAGCAUCCUGGAUAGAAGCCUCAACUCAAGGAGCACUUAUUAAGCAGCCUAUUUAUCUGCAAAAGUGGGCAAAUAGAUACUGGUGAACGUGUCCACAGUCAUCACGUCUCUUAGUCAUGAUCUCAUGAUGAUACGACAAAGAAGAAGAAAACUGUACAUGGUAAAUGCCGCCGGAUUGACUCUUGUUAUAAUUAAUCCAAUAAACAUUUUUAACUAGAGAUCAAUGAGCGUUACUACUAUAACUUAAACUAGGGAAAUUAAAUAGUAAGCUGUUUAUUUCUACAAUUAGUGCGUAACUUAUAAUGUACUGUAUUGUUCUAAAUAUAAUAGUAAACUCUGAAGUGCUUGUUGUUCAUCAAAAUAAUUAAACUAUGUACCUAUAUAAAACUGUAAAAUCGAAAAACUCGAAAAAGCCGGUUUUAUCAAAGUUAAAACCCGGUUUUUGCAAUUGGCUGUAAACCCGGUUUUCCCGGUUUUUUCGAUUUCGGUGAAACCGGGUUUGUGACGCCUAGCCGCGACGAAUAAAUUCAUUAUUCAAUACGUAUGCUGUGCCUAAAGUCAAGGAUUUCCUAAUAUCGGUUUUAGUUAGGUAUAAAUACACCAUACAUAAAUAUGUAAAACUAACAUGGCCGACAUUAGGGACGGCCGUCCUACAAGAUAGGCCUAAGUAUAAGUUAUAAGUACCUACCAAAUAUGUGAUACAAUACUUUGUGCUCAAGACUUUUGGCUAUCCGUAGGAUGACAAAAGUAGAUUCUUUAUUGUUUCUAGUUUUAAAAAUCAUGGAUUUGAAUACAAGUAUUUAAGUAAA